AUCCUUCUAUUGGGUUCACAUCUCCUUUCUCCCUUCCUCUUUCCUCUUUCUGUCUCUCUCUCUCUCCCUCUCUUUCCAUUCUUCUUUCCAUCCCAAUCACUCGUUCAUCUUUCUCAUUCAGCUCAACUUUGUUUGUGGUCUGCAGCCUCAUUGUAGGACAAACAAGUUUUUGACAUUCAGGAACCGCACCUCACCUAUCUCCAAAUCAAUAUUCAUACACAAUCCACAUACACAUCCAUCUCCUCUCCCUUUCUCUUCCCUUUUCACUUUUUCGUCAAACUACAUUUAUAAAUAACACAUCAUGGGAAAGAAAGCAAAACAGGAAGUCCCUUUGCACAAGGUGAUCAUGGUCGGAUCUGGAGGCGUUGGAAAGUCUGCUCUGACAUUGCAAUACAUGUAUGGCGACUUUGUAGAAGAAUAUGACCCAACCAAAGCGGAUUCUUACAGGAAGAAGAUCAAUCUUGACAACCAACCCUGUCAAAUCGACAUUUUGGAUACAGCUGGUCAGGAAGAAUACGCUGCUAUCCGUGAUAAUUACUAUCGAUCCGGCGAAGGUUUUCUCUGCGUGUUUUCGAUAUGUGAAUAUGAAUCCUUCUUACAUACACAAGAAUUCAAGGAUCAAAUCAUUCGCGUCCUAGAUGAUGACAAGAUCCCUAUUAUCUUAGUUGGCAACAAGGCUGAUUUGGGUCAGCUUCGAAAAGUCGAUCCACAGGAAGCAGCCGCUAGAGCUGCAGAGUGGAACUGUCGGUAUAUUGAGACAUCAGCCAAGACGAGGCAAAAUGUGGAUGAAGUUUACACGCUUUUGAUGAGGCAGAUUCAACAACGGAAGCAAGGGGUUAAAGAUCGUGAUCGAAAGAGAAAAAAGGCAAAGUGCGUGAUUCUCUGAAAAAGAGACCGGACUGAUCCAAUAAAAAAAAAAAUGGAUAGAGAAUCCGUGAUAGAAAAUUGAAGGACCACAACCCAUAUCAGCGUAAACAGUUUGCAUGGGGCGUGCGAACUUUCAGAGACAAAAAAAAAAAGAAAACACAAAAAAAGCCUUUCUUAUCAAAUAUCAAUAAUAUAGAUAUAUACUAUUAGUCCCUAAUCUAAUUCUAAUAAUCAAUAGGAGGUGUUAAUGUAGCAGACAAAGAGAAGAAUAAA